UUGAUAGAAGCCGGUGAGAGAGAUUUCCCUGCCAACAACUCCACUGCAUUGCUUCUGGGAGCGGGGAGGGAGAGACUCACUUUUCUUCACUCGCAGUCUCUCUCCACGACAACAACCUUACCACUUCCGCUCCUCGCACACGGAGAAAAGUUUGACUGAUCGAAGGAAAACCAGUCCCACGCCGACUACUAGGGAGGAAAUCAACCAGAAUGGCAGAACGCAAGGCCGUCAUCAAGAAUGCGGACAUGUCCGAGGAAAUGCAGCAAGACGCUGUGGAUUGUGCAACUCAGGCUCUGGAAAAGUACAACAUCGAAAAGGACAUUGCUGCAUUCAUCAAGAAGGAAUUCGACAAGAAGUACAACCCAACCUGGCAUUGCAUUGUUGGGCGGAAUUUCGGCAGCUACGUCACACAUGAGACUCGUCACUUCAUCUACUUCUACCUUGGCCAGGUAGCAAUUCUUCUGUUCAAGAGUGGAUAACUUGUCAGCAGCGAUCGUCGUCACCCAGAAAGAAGAAGACUCAUUCCUCCUACUACUACUACCGCUAAACUUCCGACUUCAUUUUUUUCUAUUCUUUUAAUUAAAUUCCAAAAACAAUGCACUUACUGGAUAUUUCAAAUGAGUCAUCAACAUGUUUUCCCUUAUGGUGAAGCAUCAUCAACAUCACUACUGUCAUUGUAAUUUAUGUAUACAAAUUCCUACCGAAGAUCGGUAUGCUAACAAAAUCAUUAAUCUAAACUAAUAAAAUCCAUAGUUAGAUAAGUCAAAA